GGUAUUCAGCAGAUUGUCGUGAACAUUGAAAGCAAGACGCAAGAAUAUUAGCACUCAAUUUACUUUAGUCGCACUAAGUAAUUUUAUUUAGAACAAAAACAUAUUUAAAAUUAAAAACAAAAAGUUUUCCGAAAAUGUCUGCGAAAAAUGUGAAUUCACUUGUCGGUGCCACCACACGCUACAUCGCCGGCCGAAAUGCAAUGCAGACAGUUUAUUGGCGCACAAUGCCCGGAACUGAUGGACGAAUGGUGAAAAUACAUAAAAACUGUGAAUUCGACAAAGUACAGAACCUGCCCGCCAAAAUUCGCAUGCAGUAUUACAAUAAAAACUUCUGGACAUCAACGGAUGGAGCACAUUGAUCUCGGCCGAACAAAAAAAACGAAUUUUUAGACUACGAAUUUAGUAUAAGAUGUGCGCUUGUGUUCUUCUUUUAGUUAUUAAUGUCGCAACUCAAUUAGUUAAUUAGUAAAAUAAAACGACAUAAUGCGCAACUACAACACAAACUCAACCAUGUUGAUAUAUUUCAUUGUGUGGGUGCAUGUGUUAAAGUACGCGCACGCUUCAUGUAAAUGUCCAUACGAAACACUUCAAUUCAUUUAAUCGCCAACUAAUGAGCAGCAAUAACGCCGCCUGUGUGUGCGUACACCUUGCACAUGCUCAUGGUGUGAUUUGGAUUGUAGGCCAAUGGAAGUCACUACGUUCAAAGUACUUAAGCCCAUAUUCACUCUAAUGCCAAUUGACACAUAUUAACAUACAUAAACACUUGGUGUUUCAAUAAUCUCUGUCAAUCAUACUUUGUGUAUGUGGAACAUUAUGUGACGUCAAGCUCCCACGUACUAAUGAAAGAUUAAGAAAAUGUGUGAAUUUCAACGCCGGAUCAAUGCGGUUAUAGCCUACUAAUUCUUAAUACAACUAUACCACUUCUAGCUCGAGAUUGCGGACAGGCUUGCACCUUGUAAGGAGCUUAAGCGCGAUAUGGCUAUUCGCGUUGAGGUUUGGUCUCAUCAUAUAAUAGUAACUUUUUCAAAGGGUUCUUUUCAACUUAUACCAUUAAUAUUUAAAAAUGAGACUGAGAAUAAUGUAGCUUCCUUAUUUUCCUUCAAAAAAUAAAUAUUUCUUCUCUCAUA